AGCGGAUCUGAUAGCAAGAGCCGUUCGACUUUGCGAAAUGUGUCAUUAGCGGCUCCGCCCGGCAAGAUUCUGGGUCUAGCUGGACCUGUAGGAUGCGGUCACUUUGAGUCUGACAUUAUUGACGUUGGUCAUGGGUCUAUCGCCUAUGCGUCUCAAGAGCCUUGGAUCUUGACGGGCUCUGUCCGUGAAAACAUCUUGAUGGGUCGACCUUAUGAAAAAGAAAAGUAUAUCGCUGUACUGAAGGCUGCUUGUCUCGAGACGGACCUGACGCAAUGGGAGCACGCAGACUACACCGUGAUUGGCGACCGCGGGCUCAACAUGUCUGGCGGA